GUGCGCGCUCUGCACGUGCUUCGCGCUGCAAGGUGCCUGCUUUCCGCAUUCUGUGUUCGACGCCCCAGAGUGUGAUUCAGAGCGCGCCGUUGACCAGCUUAGCCUUGAUUGUUUCCUGGGGCCCCUUGCUCUGGCUCGUCCCUGACGAUGUCGUUCUGCAGCGCCACCCGAUCAUGCCCUUCCCAGGGCGGAUCGUCCCAGAGGCCAGAGGGACUGGAGAGGCGGCGUCGUGGGUGCAGGGGAGACCGCCUUCAGUCCCAGAGGAGUUGUGGAGGCUGGCUGGCGCGCGUCGGCCACGAUGUUGCAUCUGCUUCCGGACCAGGGGCAGCCGAUCGCCACUUCUCGCCUCAUAGGCUCCGACGCUCUGGCAAGAAGCGUGUCGGCCAUGGCGGGCGAGGGCGCACGAGGAGCGCCCGGGGCCGCCGCUUGCCGGUCCAUGCGGUGGCAAUCUCUGCUCGAGCCAUUUGGGCUCCAGGCGCCGCAGAUCCGAGCUUGGGAGGACUCUUUCUGGUUUCAGGCCCGACCUCGCUCGUCGCACAUCGGGGGCGGGACAGGUCCAGGUCCGCAGCACCGCGGCCCGGAUUCCUCGGCCGCGGCUCCACGGAUGCAGGGCGGCGCGGCGCGGAGGCCCCGCGCACGGCCCACCCAGGUGGGGGCAUGGAUCUGGAUGUGCUCGCCGCCUGCCCCACGAUGGCGCCCCCGCUCGUGGUGAGGGCGCCGCCCGCCACCCUCCGCAUCUGGCUCUGGGCCCUGCAGAGGGCCCCGCGCGAGGCGGGGCUUCCCGCCGAGGUCCUCAGGAGCAUCGUGGGCUUCCUGACGCCGUGGUUCUUCUUCGACCUGGACGCGGCGAUCGCCGCCGCCGUGCGCGGCGCGCGGGGGGGGCUCGCGGAGGUGGUGCUGCAGAGGACGUGGACGAUGCCGAACCCGACGCACGCCGCCCUCGUCAACCCCGCCGUCUGGGGGCAGGGCGGCUACGUGUCGGCGCGCGUGCCGAAGAGGGCCCGGGUGGUGCUGAGGGCCGAGCGGGGCGGAGGUGCUGCGGAGGCGCCGCGCCUCAGGAUACACGCCCCAGACGCGGCCGCUAGUUGCGCGCUCCUGGGCCUCGGGGAGGGCGCGCAGGUCACCGUUCGCGACCUGUCGCUGGAGGUGUUCCAUCCGCGCGUCCACAAGGCAGCG